CAGAGCACACUCACACGUGCCUGCCCCGGCCCGGCCGCCGGGCCCGCCCCGCCGGCGCUGGGAGCACCGGGGGCGGGGGAGCUGCUCCGCUGUGCGCCCGCCCCCGUUGCCGCCGCCGCCGCCGCCCGGGGCUGUACGCCGAGGCUUGAAGAGGAGCCUCCCCGGCGGGCGGGUCGAGGCAGGUUCGGACUAUCUGCGGUUGUGGACCGGCCGGCACAUGCGGGCUCCGUGCCCCGCGACCGCACGCUGCCUCCCGCUCCGGGAUGGAGGCGCAGGGCAGCCGCUGGCGGCAGCUUCCUGUCCUGCUGCUCUGGGUUAAUGGUUUAAUGACGCUUGGAUUCGCAGGUGCACAUCAACAGACUGAGCUCUGCAAUGAAUCUCUCAUGUUAGAAAAGUUGCCUACCUGUGGAAAAUCCUUUGAAGAGAUGAUGAAGAAAGUGGACUCAAAAAAGUGGUGCAACCUGACAGAAUUUAUCAUGGAAACAGAUUGGUUUUUAACCAUCACUGUGAAAAUACGUCAUUGUUUUCAUCAGCCAAAGAGGAGUUUGAUAAAGGCUAAGAAAAUACCCUACUACUUGGCUGUGGGAAUACACAAGACAGAGAGUCAAACAGACUUGAUUAGCAUAGCUGGUUUGAUAAUGAAGAUGCCAUGGCAGGAACAAACAGAACUGUGAAAAUUAUAGAAGAUGGGAUUAAACCUGCUUACAGGAAGAGAGAAGAUUCAGUCAACUUCUGGAAGCAAAGAGUUGUUGUAAAAUGCAUGAGCUGUCUGUGUGAUUUUUAACUUGAUUAUUGUAGUAGAAAUUAUUAACCUGUCUGAAAUAGUAUAUAAGCUUUUGGGAAACCUGAGUAAAAUGGAAUUCUGAUCACCAAAUCGCCAAUAAUUGGUGCUCCAUGUGACCAGAGAAGAACCGGCUACCUGACAGCAAUUGGUGACACCCCUGGAACAGAUUGUGACGGUGAAAGAACUGCGUUUGGGCCUGCAAUCGCCUGUAUGCUGCGACGUGACAGGUGAGCCAGGAGAACUCAAGGUAUGGGACAGGAUGUGUCCAACGAGAGAGACAUUAAUAAAACCAUGCUAUGCUUGCUGAGCAAGCAUGGAUUCCCCAUCCUUAAGCAGGACCUUAAGUUGGUCCUACGAUGGGUGUCACGCAUAGUCCCCGAUACCCCUUUCUCUAUUUUUACUCUUCGCCACUGGGACAAGGUCGGUGUAAAGCUCUACAACCUGGCUACGCUACCUGGCCACGAGCCAGAACUACACUUGCUUCCUGCCUGGAGGGCAGUCACAGACAUGAUUAAAGAAGAGGAGGGGAGUGAGGCAGCGUGCGAGGCUACCAUGGAGACAGCCCCAGCGGCUGUGCUGGACUGAAACCUGCCCAGGUCCCGUCCCCCGUCCGCACCCCUUCCCCGACAAACACCAGGGAUAGAGUCCAGCUACCACCUGCAACCCUACUGGUAUCCCACCAGCAACCCCAGAGCCGCCGAACACUAAUUGCUUAUGAGGACUCUGACUCUAGCAGUGAUGGAGAGUCUUAUGACCCCAGCCCUGAAAAAGAUCUGGACUUAUUUCCUUCAAAUGUGCAUAACAACUGGUUAAGGAUAAAAAAGAAAGCCCUUAAAGAUAGAUACUUUAAUACUACAGCAGAAAUACUUGUAGUCCCUGUACGAUUCGGUCCGAGGGGGGCGAAAUUCACAAGGGGAGCCCUUGGGCCACUCAGAAGUUAAGGAACUGCGCCGUACCGCGGCAAAAUAUGGUCUGGGGUCCUCUUCAGUAAUUUGUUGAGAGCAACUUUCACUACUCACCUCAUGACCCCUCAUCAUGUUAAAUCCUUAGCAAACCUUUUGCUCACCCCAAUGCAAUAUGCGAUAUUCAUAACACAAUAGAAAAGGAGACUGGAGAAAUUAAUUGUAACGUAUUCAGGGCAUGUAAACCAAGCCCUGGUUGCCUUAACUAUUGAUAACUUAGCGGGGGUUGAGUGCAUACCAAUCUUAAUGGCCAGGCUGCCUUGCCGAGAGAAGCCCUGGAAGGGAUCACAGAGGCAGCUCAUUUUGCAUUUCUUAAAGUCCCUGAUGCAAAAACCCCCGCAACAGUCCUUCAUAAAUAUUAAACAGGCUCCCCAAGAACCCUAUAUGCAGUUUGUGAACAAAUUGAAACAAGCACUAGAGAAAAAGAUUGAUAAUGACCAAGCCAGGGAAGUUGUGCUCCUUUAACUGGCUGUAGAAAAUGCUAACGAUGACUGUAAACGCCUCUUGAAAGCCCUGCCCCCAGAACCUGAGCCCACACUGCUUCAAAUGAUAGAAGCCUGCAACCGCCUGGGGGCAUUGCAGCACACUACAGCAGUGACCUAUCAAGCUGUAAGACAAGGCAUGGCUGAUGCUUUUGCUGCUUUAAAGAUAAUACCCAAAAGGCAGCCAGUUUGUUUCAGCUGUGGGGAGCCCGGGCACAUUAAAAAAGACUGUCAAAAGGCACAAAACCCGAGAACACCGAGUAUGUGCCCUCGCUGCCAGAAAAGUCCUUACUUUGCUAAUUCCUGUCGCUCUAAAUUUCACAAAAAUGGCCAGCCUUUGCAGGGAAACUCAUCUCACAGCGUGGGAUAGCGACGCAUGAAGACACAAGUCCCACAGCCAACCCAGCAGCUGUCGCAACCGGAACCAACCUUCAGCUUCCAGCCAGCGCAGGCCCUGCCUGCCAGACCAUCUCCGACCUACGUCCAGCAACCCCAGGGAGCACCAGACUGGACAUUUCAACCCGUGAUACAGUAACGUUGACGAAUUCCUCAGUGUUUUGUCUCCCCACAGGAAUUUACGGACCUUUGCUACCAGGUCACCAUGCUUUGCUUUUAGGUAGAUCUUCUACCUCAGUAACAAGAUCGUUUGUUUUAGCAAGAGUUAUUGAUUCUGACACAGUUGGGGAAAUAAAAAUCAUGGCUUGGACCCCACAGCCUGCCUGCAUGAUCCUGGUAGGGACCAAAAUCGCCCAGCUUGUACUUUUCCCAGCAGCCCCCUUAUCCACACCCCCAAUAACUAAUCAGCGGGGAAGCAAGUUUAGUUCAACAGGGGUACCACAAAUGUUUUAGACACAGCGCGUAACUCCUGAAUGUCCUAUAUGCCAAUGCAAAGUGUCUCUGAGAAGCAAAGAUUUAAUUUUAACCAGACUCAUUGACACGGGCGCAGAUAUUAGUCUUAUCUCCCAAAAUCAAUGGCGUAAUGAUUGGCCAUUAAAGCCUGUCCCCCAGGUCCUCUCAGGGGUGAGUAGAAACAGUCAAAGCUAUCAAAGCCAACACCUGGUACAGGUCACAGAGCCUGAGAAGAGAGUAGCUACUGUCAGGCCUUAUGUGUUGUCUGUGCCGCUGAUUUUGUGAGAGAGAUGUUCUAUCUCAAUGGAGAAUUUUUAUGCAGUCACAUUUUAUAUAAGGGUCAUUGGGGCGUACGAUACUCCCAAACUGACUUGGAAAUUCUCUGAUCCAGUCUGAGUAGACCAAUGGCCCAUGUCAUUAGAAAAACUGCGCAUAUUAUAAGAACUUGUCCAGGUACAGCUGAAAAAGAGACACAUAGUCCUAUCUAAUAGCCCUUGGAAUUCUCCCAUGUUUUUAAUUAAAAAGCAGUCUGAGGAGUGGAAGCUGUUGCAUGAUUUGAGGAAAAUAAACGAAGUAAUUGAAAGAAUGGGGCCCCUACAGCCAGGCCUCCCUUCAAUUUCUAUGAUUCCUAGAAAUUAGCAUCUAACAGUAAUUGAUUUAAAGGAUUGUUUUUUUGACAUUCCGCUGCAUCCAGAUGACGCACCCAAAUUUAGCUUUUCUGUGCCGAGCAUUAAUAUGUAGGCACCACUAAAUCGAUAUCAUUAGUUAUCACUUCCCCAAGGAAUGUGAAAUAGCCCAAUUUCACAUUGGUAUGCCAGUGGUACGUGGCAAAAACCCUGAGCCCAAUCUGGGAAAGAAUGCCUGAUGUUCUGUUGUAUCAUUAUAUGGAUGAUAUUCUUAUCUUUGCAGAAGCUGUGAGUUGAAUGAAGGAAGCAGUGCAGACUGUCUGCCAAGCUGUUACCUCAGCAGGCCUCACCAUUGCUUCUGAGAAGGUUAAAAAGACAUCUCCCUGGAAAUAUUUGGGCUGGUGAAUAAGCAUGCAUUCUAUUUCUGCACAACCCCUGCAAAUUUCAACUGAAAGCAAAACUUUACAUGAUGCACAAAAAUUGCUGGGAACAAUGAAUUUGGUCCGUCCCUUGCUUGGGAUUUCAAAUGCAGAUUUAGAGCCAUUGUUUGCCCUCCUUUGCCCUCCUUUGCCAAUGCCCUCCAUUGUUUGGGAGGAGAGCACAACCUCUUAUCGCUCAGAUGCCUAAACAAAGAAGCACAAAUUGCGCUUCAAAAGGUAGCUGAUGCUAUCUCUCAGAGGCAAUCAGAUAGGUGGGCUCCCAAACUGCCACUGUGGCUAAUCAUUCUGAAUCCUAACAAACAGCCUUAUGUCUUAAUAUUUCAGUAGGACUCAGAAAAACCAAACCCUCUGCUAAUUAUCGAAUAAGUCUUUUUGCCUAACAAUAUGCCCAAGACUAUUUCCAUGCAAGAUGAACUUAUGGCCAUGUUCAUUGUCAAGGCUCGUCAAAGACUGACCUCUUUGGCUGGGAAAGAUUUUGAUCGUAUCUAUCUACCUCUCACAAUAUUUUAUUUGAAUUAGUUACUACUGAUGUCUGAAAAAUUGCAGAUUGUGUUAACAGAUUACCCAAGGCAGAUAUCUAUCCAUCCACCUAAACAUAAAUUGUUAAAUUCGUCUUUUAAUUUAAUCCCCAAGCCAAAGAAAAGUGAGACUCCUUUGCAAGCUAUGACAAUAUUCACAGAUGGGUCUGGGAAAACUCAUAAAUCAGUGAUUGUAUGGAGAGACCCUGAAACUGGAACUUGGCAGUCUGGUAUUGCUGUUGUUGAAGGGUCUCCACUAAUAGUGGAGUUAACUGCUGUGGUCAGAGUGUUUCAGAAAUUCAGCACACCUUUUAAUCUGAUUACUGACUCCGCAUAUGUUUCAGUUAUUGUACAUAGAGCAAAGAAUUCUGUUUUAAAAAAUGUUAAAAAUUACAUUCUUUUUUCCUGGUUAAAACUGCUGGUCUCUCUGUUAGACCAAAGGACAACUCCUCACUUUGUGAUGCAUAUCAGGUCACAUUCCAAUUUACCCGGCUUUCUCACUGAAGGUAAUGCUCAGACAGACUUGUUAACCUUGUCACUGCAGCAUGUUUUACCUAACAAAAUAGAACAAGCUAAACUGAGUCACUCCUUUUUUCACCAAAAUGCUGAAGCUUUAGUAAGACUUUUUAGAUUAACUCCAGCACAAGCCUCUAAUAUAAUUUCUAUAUGCCCUGACUGUCAGUGUUGCUCCCUUCCUAAUUGUGAACACAGAAGUCAACCCGAGAGGUCUACAGAGCCUUAAAUUUGGCAAACAGAUGUGACACAUAUUCCUGAAUUCGGCCGCUUGAAAUUUGUGCAUGCUUCUAUUGAUACCUUUUCAAGUGCUCUGUUUGCCUCAGCUCACACGAGAGACAGAGAAAGACGCUUGCCGUCAUUUCGCUGCUGCCUUUGCCACCUUAAGAAUUCCACAACAGAUUAAGACAGAUAAUGGAUCCACAUACAUUUCCAGUAGAGUUGCAAACUCCUCUUUAUAGAGUAUCACCCAUAAAAAGAGCAUACCUCACUCACCCACAGAAUUAUAGAACUCACUCACCCAAUUAUAGAACGCGCCCAUGGCUCUCGCAAAUGUCUCCUGAUACAACAAAAGGGGGAGCCAGGGAAACUCCUGCUGAAAGAUUAUGCAAAGCCCUGUAUGUUUUUAAUUUCUUGAAUUGUUCAAUGACCGACUUAAAUCCUCCUAUGACUAGGCAUUUUACAUCAUCCACAUCGCUUUCCUGCAAGGAGAAACCACCAGUACUAAUCCAUGACCCAGAAUCUGGUGAAAUCCUUGGCCCUUACCCUUUGAUCACCUGGGGGAGGGGCUAUGCUUGUAUCUCCUCAGAAGAAAGACCUCGCUGGAUUCUGGCAAAAAAUGUAGCCAUUCUGAGAACCUCUACUGAUAGCUGAUGGAGGCCAGGAUGCCACCAAGCCCCUGGGAGAGGAGGAGGAGGAGGAACCCCACUCAGACUGCAGUUGAUGACAUGCUUAGUCCUACCUGGAAAGGAAACUGUGAACUUUGGGUUUGGUGUCAGUGGUGUCAGUGUAAAGGGUGUGGGAAUUGGUGAUAUCACAGAGCCCUUUUUGGCAAAAGCAGGUAAAACAGGUAUAAAACCAUUGAAUUUUUAGUUACAACUGGCCACCAGGAAAGGAUAGUCCUCACCUCCCUAGGGAAGUUUUGAAGAAAUCCAAAAAUAGCCAUGUUUGCACAAUAAAGUGCAGUCAGAACAACUAAGUGCCUGAUAUUUAUCUAGUCCUUGAAUGAGGACCAAAAGGGGAUAAGCUAAAAAAGGUUUUUUUCUUUUUACCACCACAUAGUUCUAAACAAACAAACAAAGGCACAAUGGAGUUAAAUCGAAUGCUAUUCUUACUAGCAUUGCUUGCUUUUUAUAGCACAGCCUGGUCUGCUGAUCAACCCAAAACAAAUGUUUGAAUAACUCUAGCUAAUGCAACCAAACAAGAUACCUUAUGCCUGGCCACCGCAUCCCCAGAAAAUCCAUUUUCUACCUGUUUAGUCGGUUUUCCAUUAGAUGGCUGGCCAAUACCAGAAACUACCAAAAGUAUUGUACAGAGCUCAAACCCCAUUGAUACAUGGACUCCUUACCUUUCUAUAACACCCCUGGAGCCACAAGAAUUAGAACUCCUGAGUUCUGUCAAAAUGGAUUUUUUGUGUUAAUUUUGAUUACACAGGAAAAAAUCAGUCAAAGCCUGAGAUGUUUCUCCCUAUCAUCCUGCAUAUAAGAAUCAGACCUCUUGGUGCAAUUACACUUCUGGCAGCCCUUCUAAAUCCAGCAACACCCCCCUGUGGCUGCCAUCAGGAAUGUUUCUGGUUUGUGGGGAUUGGGCCUGGGCUGCUAUCCCUUCACACAUAAAGAGAGGUCCCUGUAGUUUAGGAUGACUGACUGUGGUAACACCAAAUAUGUCCAUGAUUUUACAGCACAAAUAUCCCCGCAGAAUAAGGCACAGUCUGCAUGCAUUUGAUGAAUACUGCGAUGAUGACUUAUCUUUGUAGUCUGUGACCCAGAUGAAUUUAGCUUCUUUGCUUUUGCCAAGACUGGCUGCAAAAAAGGCCUUAAGUCAAUUAAAUAAGAUAGCCUGCUGGCUGGCAAAACAGAUGAAUGCCACCAGCUCAGCUUUAUCAAAUUUAUUAAUGGAUAUUAACAGUAUAAAGCAUGCAACUCUUCAAAACCAUGCCGCCUUUGGCUUCAUCCUCCUUGCCCAAAGCCAUGGAUGUGAAGAUUUCAAUGGAAUGUGUUGUAUUAAUCUUUCAGAUCACUCAGAAUCUGUUCAUAAAAGCAUUCAGCAGCUAAAGGACAGUGUGUUCAAACUAAAGGUAGAAUCUGGAUCUUGGCUAGAUAACCUGUUUAGUGGCUGGGGUUUGACACUUUGGCUAAAAGAUUUUCUUCAGAUAGGAAUGCAUGUGAUGAUUUUAAUAAUAAUUGUAUUAGUUAUGAUACCUUGCUUGCUUCAGUGUGUGCAGAGAUUAAUUAAUAAAGCCAUCAAGGGGGUGUUCUUGGUUGAUACAGGACGGGGAGAUAUGGGAAUACACAAGACAGAGAGUCAAACAGACUUGAUUAGCAUAGCUAGUUUGAUAACCAAGAUGCCAUGGCAGGAACAAACAGAACUGUGAAAACUACAGAAGAUGGGAUUAAACCUGGUUACAGGAAGAGAGAAGAUUCAAUCAACUUCUGCAAGCAAAGAAUUGUUGUAAAAUGCAUGAGUUUUCUGUGUGAUUUUUAACCUGAUUAUUGUAGUAGAAAUUAUUAACCUGUCUGAAAUAGUAUAUAAGCUUUUGGGAAACCUGAGUAAAAUGGAAUUCUGAUCACCGAAUCAAUCUUCCUGUCUCUCAAUCAAUUGCCAAUACUUGGCUACUUACAGUGCUUAAAUAUAAUCAGACCCACCCAAACAGCUUUCUUAUGUCAAGGGUUUGUAACAUUUCAGGGGUGAUGUGCCAUGUUACGUUUUUCUUCCUCAAACUGAGGUAGAGUUUAACUGGACCCAAGAAGAUCAAUGAACUCAGCAGAUCCAGGAGCUGAGAAACUGCUACCUUUCCCAGGUGACAGUCACAGGAUGCUGGUCCCUCUGCUUCUGGUCUGCAGACAGUCUGUCUGGACAUUGUCCAAAAUCCGCUGACGAAAUAUU